AUGGAGGCGGCUGGUGCGCUCGCGAGCCUCGCGCCGUCCCCCAUCACGGUGCUGGGGCUGAUACCACUCCUGGCGCUAGGGAUCACGUACUUCAGAUACCAGCAAUACGACCCGGAGUCCUAUGUUACGGACGUCAAUGCUAUAAUGCCAAUAUACGACUUCGUGGUGGUGGGCGGCGGGUCGGCGGGCGCGGUGGUCGCGUCGCGUCUCUCCGAGAUUGCCAACUGGACGGUGCUGCUACUUGAGGCGGGGCAGGACGAGUCCGAGAUAUCGGACAUACCGGCGCUGGCUGGAUACACGCAGCUCUCCGAGAUGGACUGGAAGUACCAGACGACGCCGUCCGCCAACCGCUCGUACUGCCUCGCGAUGAACGGCGACCGGUGCAACUGGCCCCGCGGCAAGGUGCUCGGCGGGUGCAGCGUGCUCAACGCGAUGGUCUACGUGCGCGGCAACCGCAACGACUACGACCUGUGGGAGGCGCUCGGCAACCCUGGCUGGUCCUAUGACCAGGUGCUGCCCUACUUCCUCAAGUCCGAGGACAACAGGAACCCGUACCUCGCCGAGACGGCGUACCACUCGACCGGCGGCUAUCUGACCGUGCAGGAGGCGCCGUGGCGGACGCCGCUCUCGGUCACCUUCCUCAAGGGCGGCAUGGAGCUCGGAUACGAGUUCCGCGACAUAAACGGCGCCAAGCAGACCGGGUUCAUGCUGACGCAGGCGACCAUGAGGCGCGGCAGCCGAUGCAGCACGGCCAAGGCGUUCCUCAGGCCGGUGCGCCAGCGGAGCAACCUGCACAUCGCUCUCGGCGCUCAAGUGACACGCAUCCUGAUCAACCCCGCCAAGAAGCAGGCGUACGGCGUCGAGUUCGUGCGCAACGGCGAGCGGCACAAGGUGCGCAUCAAGAGGGAGGUGGUAAUGUCGGCCGGCGCGCUCUCCACGCCCCAGCUGAUGAUGCUCAGCGGCAUAGGGCCCGCGGAGCAUCUCCGCGAACACGGGAUCCCUCUAAUAGCGAACCUCAAGGUGGGCCACAACCUGCAGGACCACGUGGGCCUCGGCGGGCUUACAUUCGUGGUCAACAAACCGGUCACCUUCAAGAAGGAGCGCUUCCAGACGUUCUCGGUGGCGAUGAACUACAUACUGUACGAGAAGGGCCCGAUGACGACGCAGGGCAUCGAGGGCCUAGCGUUCGUGAACACUAAGUACGCGCCGCCGUCGGGCAACUGGCCCGACAUACAGUUCCACUUCGCCCCGAGCUCGGUCAACUCGGACGGAGGCGAGCAGAUUCGAAAGAUACUAAACCUGCGCGACAGGGUGUACAACACGGUGUACAAGCCGAUCGAGAGCGCCGAGACGUGGACGAUACUGCCGCUGCUGCUGCGCCCGAAGAGCUCCGGCUGGGUGAAGCUGCGCAGCCGGAACCCCUUCCAGGCGCCCUCGAUAGAGCCCAACUACUUCGCGUACAAGGAGGACAUACAGGUGCUCACGGAGGGCAUACGGAUCGCGUUCGCGCUCUCCAACACGACCGCCUUCCAGCGGUACGGCUCGAGGCCGCACAAUAUACCGCUGCCGGGCUGCGCGCACCUCACCCUGUUCAGCGACGAGUACUGGGAGUGCAGCCUGAAGCACUUCACCUUCACGAUCUACCACCCGACGGGCACCUGCAAGAUGGGCCCGAAGCACGACCAGAGCGCGGUCGUCGACCCCCGGCUGAGGGUCCACGGUGUUGCCAACCUGCGCGUGGUCGACGCGAGCGUGAUGCCGACCAUAAUAAGCGGCAACCCCAACGCGCCAGUCAUCAUGAUCGCCGAGAAGGCGUCCGACAUGAUCAAGGAGGACUGGCUCGUGUUG